CGGAGCCCAAGUCUCCUUUGUGUGGAGCGUCGCGGCGGGAGCGCCCGGGUGGGACGGGACACACACAAGUUGGUGGGACCUCGCCGCCGAGUGCGCACUCAGACAAAGGACGGACUGUGUCUCGGGGGAGCUCGGCGCGAGGAAGGGGCAGUGACACCGGGCCUGACAGCAGGCGGGAGAGGGGCGUGGGGAGCCCGGGCCGCGGGCGCGGGUGGGCGGGCUCGGCCCCACGCCCCCUCCCCGCGCGCGCGCGCAGGCUCGGCGGGGCCGCGGCGGCCGGGACGGCGUGCGGAGACGGGACUCGGAGGAGCCGCGCAUCUGACGUUUCCCCCGGAGCCGCCUGAAACCUCUCCGGACCGGGCAGUCCCGGGCCGCCUUCGCCGCCUUGUCUGGCUUUCGAAUAAUCAUGGGCCAGACUGGGAAGAAAUCUGAGAAGGGACCGGUUUGUUGGCGCAAGCGUGUAAAAUCAGAGUACAUGCGGCUGCGGCAGCUCAAGAGGUUCAGGCGGGCUGACGAAGUUAAGAGUAUGUUUAGUUCCAAUCGUCAGAAAAUUUUGGAAAGAACGGAAAUCUUAAACCAAGAAUGGAAACAGCGAAGGAUACAGCCUGUCCACAUCCUGACUUCUGUGAGCUCAUUGCGCGGGACCAGGGAGCUCCCAGUGGUCCAGCCACACAGUCGCCUAUUGUACCAGCUGGUUGAUUGUUCAGUGACCAGUGACUUGGAUUUUCCAACGCAAAUCAUCCCAUUAAAGACUCUGAAUGCAGUCGCUUCAGUACCCAUAAUGUAUUCUUGGUCUCCCCUACAGCAGAAUUUUAUGGUGGAAGAUGAAACAGUUUUACAUAACAUUCCUUAUAUGGGGGAUGAAGUUUUAGACCAGGAUGGGACUUUCAUUGAAGAGCUAAUAAAAAACUAUGAUGGAAAAGUACACGGGGAUAGAGAAUGCGGGUUUAUAAAUGAUGAAAUUUUUGUGGAGUUGGUGAAUGCUCUUGGUCAGUACAAUGAUGAUGAUGAUGAUGAUGAUGGCGAUGACCCUGAUGAAAGAGAAGAAAAACAGAAAGAUCUGGAGGAGAACAGAGAUGACAAAGAAAGCCGCCCGCCUCGGAAAUUUCCUUCCGAUAAAAUUUUUGAAGCCAUUUCUUCAAUGUUUCCAGAUAAGGGCACAGCAGAAGAACUAAAGGAAAAGUAUAAAGAACUGACCGAGCAGCAGCUCCCGGGCGCACUUCCUCCUGAGUGCACCCCGAACAUCGACGGGCCGAACGCCAAGUCCGUGCAGAGGGAGCAGAGCCUGCACUCUUUCCACACGCUCUUCUGCAGGCGGUGCUUCAAGUACGACUGCUUCCUGCACCCUUUUCACGCAACACCCAACACUUAUAAGCGGAAGAACACAGAAACGGCUCUAGACAACAAGCCGUGUGGACCACAGUGUUACCAGCACUUGGAGGGAGCAAAGGAGUUUGCCGCUGCCCUCACCGCCGAGCGGAUAAAGACGCCGCCGAAGCGGCCCGGAGGCCGCAGGAGAGGACGGCUCCCCAACAACAGCAGGCCCAGCACCCCCACCAUUAACGUGCUGGAAUCGAAAGACACAGACAGCGACCGGGAAGCGGGGACGGAGACGGGCGGGGAGAACAACGAUAAAGAGGAGGAGGAGAAAAAAGACGAGACUUCCAGUUCCUCGGAAGCGAAUUCUCGAUGUCAAACGCCAAUAAAGAUGAAGCCAAAUAUCGAGCCUCCCGAAAACGUGGAGUGGAGUGGUGCCGAGGCCUCGAUGUUCAGGGUCCUCAUUGGCACGUAUUAUGACAAUUUCUGUGCCAUUGCCAGGCUCAUCGGGACCAAGACUUGUAGGCAGGUGUAUGAGUUCCGUGUCAAAGAAUCCAGCAUCAUAGCUCCGGUGCCGGCCGAGGAUGUGGACACCCCUCCAAGGAAGAAGAAGAGGAAACACCGGUUGUGGGCUGCACACUGCAGAAAGAUACAGCUGAAAAAGGAUGGCUCCUCAAACCACGUUUACAACUACCAGCCCUGUGACCAUCCGCGUCAGCCUUGUGACAGUUCGUGCCCUUGUGUGAUAGCACAAAAUUUUUGUGAAAAGUUUUGUCAGUGUAGUUCAGAGUGUCAGAACCGCUUUCCCGGCUGCCGCUGCAAAGCCCAGUGCAACACCAAGCAGUGCCCGUGCUACCUGGCCGUGCGCGAGUGCGACCCCGACCUCUGCCUCACCUGUGGUGCGGCCGACCACUGGGACAGCAAAAACGUGUCCUGCAAGAACUGUAGCAUCCAGCGGGGCUCCAAGAAGCACCUGCUGCUGGCGCCGUCCGACGUGGCGGGCUGGGGGAUUUUCAUCAAAGAUCCCGUACAGAAAAAUGAAUUCAUCUCGGAGUACUGUGGAGAGAUUAUUUCUCAAGAUGAAGCAGACAGAAGAGGGAAAGUCUACGACAAAUACAUGUGCAGCUUUCUGUUCAACUUGAACAAUGAUUUUGUGGUGGAUGCAACCCGCAAGGGUAACAAGAUUCGUUUUGCAAAUCAUUCAGUAAAUCCAAACUGCUAUGCAAAAGUUAUGAUGGUUAACGGCGAUCACAGGAUAGGGAUUUUUGCUAAGAGAGCCAUCCAGACUGGUGAAGAGCUGUUUUUUGAUUACAGAUACAGCCAGGCCGACGCCCUCAAGUACGUGGGCAUCGAGAGAGAAAUGGAAAUCCCUUGACAUCGGCUACCUCCUCCCCCCCCUCCUCCUUUCUGGAACAGCUGCCUUAGCUUCAGGAACCUCGAGUACUGUGGGCAAUUUAGAAGAAUAAAAUGCAGUUUGAAAUUCUGAAUUUGCAAAGUACUGUAAGAAUAAUUUAUAGUAAUGAGUUUAAAAAUCAACUUUUUAUUGCCUUCUCACCAGCUGCAAAGUGUUUUGUACCAGUGAAUUUUUGCAAUAAUGCAGUAUGGUACAUUUUUCAACUUUGAAUAAAAGAAUACUUGAACUUC